AAACCCCGACAAAAUAAAAAAAAAGAUUCUCUCCCCUCCCAUCUCUCCCUGCUGCUUCUCGUUAAUUCCGCUCCGAUAAAUCUCGACUCGCUCUCGAGUUUCCUCCGUGGAUUUGAUCUGCGGCGGCCGCCGCCUGAAGAAGACCGGCGGGAAAGCAGAGGAGCUGACAGCGGAGCUUCGGUCGGCCUUAAUCCCGAGCGACGAGUACGAAGCUAGCUGCCCGAGAUGGAAGCCGAACAGGCUGCGGAAGUAAGCUCUGGGGAGACAGCGAAUCUUAAGACGCCUGAUACGACUCUGGUACAUGAUGAUGACAAAGAAAAUCUAGUAAAUGGAGAUUCAAAUCCACAUGUGAAGGAAACACACGGUGACGACGAUGAUGGAACAGGAUCCGAUGGUUAUGAGCUGGUAGAUGUGAAGGAAAACUUUGGUUCAGCAAAAGCGGUGGAGGAAGAAACGGCAAAUAGAAGUAUGAAAGAUGAUGAAAGAACUAUAGAAGCUGCCAUGUCGAAUGAAGAAACGAAACGAUUGGAUGAACUAUCAAGGCGUAUUGAAGAGCUUGAAUCUGAGAAGGACAAAUUGGUGAAGGAUAUGACAGAAGCAGAAAAUAAGCAGACACUGCAAUACAGUUCUCUACAAGAAGCACAAAAAUCUCUCACUGAGAAGGAUAAAGAGCUGGCUGAGGCAACACAAUCACUGAGCGAGAUGGGGUCUGAGCUUGAAUUCUCGAAAAAGAGGAUUCAAGAAAUUGAGGUUGAGUUAGGUUUAUCAGCUGAUAAGCUCCACAAACUUGAAGAGCUGAAGGAUGAAAGAAGCUUGCAUGCUGCACAGGAGGCGAAGAGGGCUGCUGAACUUGAUAAGAUGCUUGAAAAGACUCAGUUGAACAUGAAAGAGAUGGAAGACCAGAUUAGCAAUUUACAGGAAGAGUUAAAGGGACAUCAAGAUAAGGCUAUCGACCAUCAGCAAGUAGAAGAAUCACUGAACGCCACAGUCUCACAAUUCAAGAUGGUACAAGAGGCACUUGAACUCGCCAAAUCACAAGUGACUGAUUUGGAGCAGAAGCUUGCUUCUCAGGAUGCUAGCAUCAGUAAGCUCACUGAAGAGUUGAGUCUCCACUGCUCAUCUGAAGAAUCUCUGAAGGAGAAGAGUCUUAAACUAGAGACUGAACUUGCUGCCGUGAAUGAAGAGUUGCAAGUGAAGCUUCUGAGUUUGCAAGAAAUGGAGAUGAAACUGGAAGAGCAGGUGAAGGAAAAAGAGACAAGUGAAGCUACAUUCGAGAAGCAGCAGGUACAGAUUCUCAACCUGCAGUCUGGUCUCGAUGAACUAAAGGAUGAAAAUGAAACUCUCAAAGGGACUCUAGUUGACACUGAAUCAAAACUAACAGAAAGAGAGUCCAUGUUGCGUCAGGCUGAAGAGGAGCAUGCUAAAGCACAAUUGCUCCUGUCAGAAGCAUUGUCGCAUAAAGAAGAAUUGGAGGUAAAUCUGAAAUCUAUCAGCGAGCAGCAUGGUGAGUACAAAGCUGUUUCUGAAGAUGCAAACGAGAAGAUUCUCGAGCUUCAAGCACAAAUUCAGUCCCUGCAUGCAGCUGAAGAGGCUUCGAAAUCGCAUCUGGAAGAGGCUAGCACAAAUGUGGAAGAUGCUAAGAAGAAAUGUUCUGAUCUUGAGCAACAGCUCAGCGAAUCUGAGAGUAAAUUCGUCACUUCAAGUGAACAAAUAAAGUUGCUGGAAGAGCACGUCCAACAACAAGCAGCUUCUUCAGCAGAAAAAGAAAAGCAGCUUGAAGAAGCAGUGAACAGUGUAGAAACAUACAAAGAGAAGAUAAAUGAGCUGCAAUCUUCUCUGGAUUCCUCAGCAUCUAAAACUCAGCUACUUGAACAAGAAGUCAAGGAUCUGACUGACAGAUACUCACAGCAUCAAGAACAAUCUCAUUCGGUUCGUGAAAGAAGUCUUGAACUGGAGAGCUUGCUUCACACAUCAAAGUCUGAUGCUGAUGGUGCACACUCCCGGAGACAGGAGCUGGAACAGGAGCUUGAAACCACACAAGCAAAGUUCAAUGAGGUUGAAUCAGAACUAGAACAGUAUAGAAGCAAGGUUUCUCACCUUUCCGAUGAUCUGGAAGCUUACCAAACAAAAGCAGCCAGUCUUGAGGCUGUGAUGGAAGCUGCAAGUGAAAAGGAGAAGGAGCUUAUGGACUCACUGAUUCAAAUCACCGAAGAAAAGAAGAAACUUGAGGAACUAACAGCAGAGUAUGAAGAAAAACUUCAAGAGCACUUGAAGGAAAAGGAAGGUUUUGAAGAGAGGGUUCAGACUCAAGAAUCGAAGGUGCUUGACUUAGAAGAACUGUUGGCGAAACUUAGAGAAGAAAAAGAAAGUGGCGAGAACGCCAUUGCUGAUCUUAACCUGCAACUCUCCAAUAAGAACGACAUGUACCUGGAAUUGGAGUCCCAGUUAAGCCAGGCUGGGGACGAUCAUAGCAAAACAAGAUCACUUCUCUCUGAUGCACACUCACACAAAGAGGAACUAGAGUUAAGUUUGAAAUCUCUUAAUGAUCUGCACACGGAAUCCAAAACAGCUGCGGAGUCUGCAAUGCAGAGGACUGCAGAGCUUGAAACUCAAGUUCAGGAAUUAAGUGCUGCUGAAGAGAGUCUGAAGCUACAGCUUGCUGAGUUUGAGUCAAAGCUAGCAUCUGCUGAGAAGAAGAGCGCAGAUCUUGAGCAAGAGCUUAAAGAUGCGGCAGAUGAACGCAAUGAUUUCCGUGUGAAGGUUGAUGAACUUUCUGGGGAAGUUGAAGCAUACAAGGAGAAAUCAGCAAGUCUUGAGGCUUUAUUAGCAGAAGCCAACCAGAAGGAGGAUGAGUUGUCUGCGAAGUUGGCUCAAGCUAAUGAAGAGAAGGAGCAAUAUGAAGAACUGUCAAAGAAGGCCACCACAGCGCAUUUGGAAGCGGAGAAGCAAGUCCAGACUUUACAGGGUGACCUAGAAUCUGCCAGGAGUAAAAUGGAAGAGGUGGAGAAUGAUCUUCAGGCCCUGGGUGUUAGAGAAAGCUCAGUACUUGAGAAGCUUAAAUCUGCAGAGGAGCAGCUUGAGCACAGUGGGAGAGCACUGGAACAUACUACUUCCAAGAAGAUUGAUCUGGAAUCUCUGUACCAGUCUUUACUUGAAGAUACAGAGACGAAGCUCCAACAAGCAGGGGACAACCUGACACAAAAGGAGACCCAAUGUCAGCAACUGUCCGAAAAGUUGAAGUUGGCCGAGGAACAAGUUGCUUCUUAUGAAGCAAAAGCUACUGCGUCCACUGAAGAGGUGGAAUCCAUGAAGGUGGAGCUUGAAGCCUUUGAAAAUGAGAUCGCUACUCAUGAGACCACCAUUGAGGAACUCAAGACCAAGGUUUCCAAUGCUGAGUCAAAGGCUGAAGAGGCGUUGGCUGAGAAUGCGGCAAUGAGUGGUGGAAAUCAGGCCCUGAAAGAGGAACUUGAUGCUAAUCUAGCCAUGCUUCAGGAAUUGCAAGAGCAGUUUAACUCUACUCAUGCUGAAAAGGAAGAUGUUGCUACGAAGCUAGCUGAGCAUGGAAGAACGAUAGAACAAUUGACUGAGGUGCACAGUAGAGGCUUAGAGCUUCAGUCUGCAGCUGAAUCAAGGAAUGCAGAAGUUGAAGCUCAAAUGCGUGAAGCUCAUGAGACAAUAGAACGGAAAGAUUCAGAAAUGAAAGACUUGAAUGAGAGGCUGACUGCACUUCAGUCUGAGACUGAAAGUUUGAUGCAUGUGAAUGAAGCCUUGAAACAGGAAAUCAGUGCUAAGUUGGUCUUGGUUGACGAGCUGCAGGAGAAAUUUGCGUCCCUGAGUUCCGAUAAAGAAGCAGCUGCAGAGAAGCUGGCUGUUCACGAGGAAACAAUAAAACAUUUGACUGAGGCGCACACAAGAAGCUUGGAACUCCACUCUGCAGCUGAAUCAAAGAAUGGGGAUACUGAAGUUAAGCUGCAUGAAGCCCUCGAGACAAUAGCACAGAGAGAAGCUGAAGUUAAAGACUUGAGCAAGAAGCUGGAUGCUCUUGAAAUCGAGUUGGGAUAUUAUGAAGAGCAGGCAACUGAAGCUGCUGCCAAUGAAGAAAAUCAUAAGGUUAAAUUUGAUGAAGCUGUACACAAACUAAAGAACUUAGAAGCACAACUUGCAGAAACACAAAACAAGGUUGAACUUUUCCAUGCAGAGAAGGAAAACUUGAUUAGUGCAAAUAGUAGUUUGAACGAGGAGUUGGAAGUACAUCAGAGCAAGCUGAAUGAAUUGCAGCUGGCACUUACUGCUGCACUAGCAGAAAAGCAGGGGUCAUUGGAAGAGACUCACUCAUUGCGUAAAACACUCGAUGGCAUGAUUCAACGCAAAGAGGAACUAGAAAGCCAGGUCUCUUCUACUCUGGAAGAGCAUGAAGAACUGAAGGGCAAGUACCAAAGUACACUGGAAGAGAAGCAGAUUUUGAAUGAAAAAUAUGAAACUGCAAAGAAGGAGCUUGACGAAGCAAUAAUCAAGUUGGACGAGCAAAUCAAUUUGGAAAAGUCUGAAAAAGAAUUUCAUAUUUCAAAACUCGAGAGACAAAUUACAAUGUCUGAGCUAAAAUACAUGGAGGAGAUCCAGACCAUGCAAGUUGAAACAACUGAAAAGAAUGAAGCACUUACAACCAAGAUGCAAGAGCAUGCAAACUUAGUCCAACAAAAAGAUGAGUUGGAGCAACAAUUGCUGGAAGUUAGGAAGGAACUGGAUGCUGCUUACCAUACCAUAGCAAAUCAGGAAGAGCAAGCUUCAGUGAGGGAGAUAAAGUGGGAUGCUUUUAAGACGUAUUCAGCGGAUCAAUUAGAAGCCCAGAAGAAACAUGCUGCAGAGCUUGAAGUACAGAUAUCAGCUCUUAAGCAAGAGCUGCAAGAAUCUGAGAUCGCUUCCAAGCACAAGGUUGCAGAGCUCAACAAGCUGAGUCAAAAUCUGAGCAAGAGUGCUGAAAUGGAGAAGAAGGUUCAGGACCUUGAGCAGAAGUUGCAGCUAGCUUAUUCCAAAUCCGAGGAACAGGCAAAGGAUGCAGUGGUAUCAUCGAGAUCCCGAGAAUUCAGCCUCGACUCGGCAACAGUGCAAAACAAACAACAUGACAGGUCUCAGGCUCCUGCCACGGUCUCCCCAGCCCCUGCGCUCCAAGAAAUGCGAGAACCUUCUGGUAUCAUGGCCUUCAAGUUCAUCAUUGGCGUCGCCCUGCUGUCCGUGAUCAUCGGUGUUUUCCUUGGAAAGAAAUACUAGUGCUGCUUUUGUGAAAUCGCUGCUGGUGUCAUAUGGGAAAUCCCACUGUUAAAAGUAAAAACUGCUUCUCAUCACCUAAACUACUCUAGCUGAACAAGAAAUAGUUUGGUUUGGUGGACUGCUCUUGAGCAGAUCGAUGACUCUUAGGGAGAAGUCGGAAAUCUGAAAAGACUUUUUUUUUUGUUUCUCCUCUUGGUGAGUUCUCCCUCUUUUAAGUUUCUUUUUGGGUAAGAAGGGGUAGGAGUCAGAUUUUUGUUCAUUCCUACCCUUUGCGUGCAGAAGGCCAUAUGCACGCUAUUGGGUUUUGCUGUCAGUGCGCUUGUAUCUACAUAUCUCUCUGUAAAAAAGAAAUGGGUGAGAAAUCUCAGUUUGUUCAUAGGCUGUUAUGAAGAGUGUAAUCUGUAUUAUGCUGUACAAUCACUCCAGUGUUUUUGAUCUAUAUGUGGAUUGCUGGUUGGCAAGAA